UAUUGUUGGUGUUUGCUGGUGUUUUGAUUUGUUUACGUGCAUUUCUAAGAAUCUUCUUUAAUAUUAGCCACUUGGAUUUUAUAAUUUAAGAACAUUUAAACAUAAUAGUAUUUAGGGAAUCGUGUUAGAGCGGUAAUUUAUUUGUUUGCGAAUAUACACAACAUUACGCCGAUUCACAAUGGAAAUUGAUUCAGCAUUAGCUGAUGUCCUUUUUGUUAUUGAAGGCACAGCAAUUAAUGGCUCAUAUAUAAAUGAACUUAAAAGCAAUUAUAUUCUACCCACUUUGGAGCACUUUACUCAAGGUGCUAUAGAUGAACGCGAGUAUCUCAUAUCGGAGCGACAUUCCACACAAUAUGGUAUUGUGCUUUAUCGUACAGCAGCAAAUCUACUAGAGCCAUCAUGUAAUACGUACGGACCAUUCGCAGCACCACAAAAGGUAAUGGAAACUAUAGAACGGCUACCGUUAGUUGGUGGUGGUAUGGAAUCAUGUGCAAAUAUGGCCGAAGGUUUUGCUACAGCUCAUUGCUGUUUUGAUGACAUGCACGAGCUGCGUAAACAAAACAUGAUAGACCCCUUACCUGUGCAACGUCACUGUGUACUUAUUUGUAAUAGUCCACCAUACUCAAUGCCGGUUAUGGAAUGUUAUAAAUAUAUCGGAAAAACAGUGGAGCAAUUGGCCGGUUUAUUUCAUGAGCGUAAAAUUAAUUUAUCAAUAAUAGCACCACGUAAAAUUCCUGUACUAUUUAAGAUUUAUAUGAAAGCUGAUGGUGAUCAACCUUUGCCAGCAAAGAACUAUGCAAAAAAUAUACGUCAUUUAGUUUUACUUAAAGGCUAUCAUCUUAAAGAGCGUCCACCAAGUCCAAAUACUGUAACACAACAACAACAAAAUCAAAUGGUCGCGCCAAAUAUGAAUCAAACGCAAAAUCAAGCACAAGCUCAGCAACAACAACAAUUACAGCAACAGCAAGCACCUAUGCCUAUGGAUACUAAUCAAAAUAAUCAACAACAGCAAGUACAUGUUGCUCCGGGUAAUAUGAAUACUGGGCCACCAACUCAACUUACACAAAGUGCUUUAAAUCAACAACUUUUGCAACAGCAGCAACAACAACAGCAGCAGCAACAACAACAACAGCAACAAUUUACAGGACCAAAUGCUAAUCAAAAUCCUAUGCAAAAUCCAAAUUUUCAGCCAAAUGUCAAUCCACAAAAUCGCUGGAUUAUUGCUUCCAAUCAACAACCACAAGUACAAGCGCGUCCUCAGUUUAUGCCUGGUGGUCCUGGUGCUGGACCGAUGGUGCCAAAUCAAGGUAUGCCUGGUCCAAAUCAAAAUUCGGCGCUCAUUUCACAAUUAAGUGCGCCACCAAAUCCAACAGUAAAUCCACACUUCCAGCAACAACACAUGCGUUUACAGCUUAUCAAUCAACAGCAUCAGCAGCAACAGGCACAACAACAACAGCAACAACAACAACUGCUGCAACAACAAUUGAAUCAACAACAGCAACAACAAAAUCAGGCACAAAACCAACAAACGCAACAGCAGCAGCAACAACAACAACAACAGCAAGCUAUGAAUGUGCAAGGUGGACCAGUGGCUGGACCUGGUGGUCAAAUGCAGCAAAAUCAAGUUGGUGUUUCUGUGCCGGUCGUUUCCUCAUCCACCAAUGAGACUGGUAUGCGUGACCGUGAGAAAAUUUGGACUGGCACUCUUGAAUGGGUUGAAAAAUCGAAACCCGACCAACAAAAAAUAACACGCACACUACAGUGCACUAUCAGCACGAACAUUAAAGAUGGUGAACCUGAAAUCAAACCCGAUAACUGGCCGCCCAAGUUGCUGAUGCAAUUAAUGCCUAAACAUUUGGUUGGUAAUAUUGGUGGACAGUUCCUUAAAGAUUCUAAAAUGGUGGUAUUUCGACCAGUGCCAUGUGAGGCACUCGAUUCACUAUCCAAAAUGAUGACAACUGGUUUUGCUGGUUGUGUACACUUCACACCUGGUCCGAAUAUGCCCGCUGGCGAUAUUAGAGUCUUAGUGCUACUGUACACACAAGAGAAGAAUGCCUUUUUAGGUUUUAUACCCAAUAAUCAAUCGAUGUUUGUGGAGCGACUACGUAAAGUCAUACAACAGAAACAAAUGGGUCAGCAUACUAAUGCAGUUGGAAACAUGCAACAGCAGCAGCAACAAAUGCAAAAUCAAAUGGGUGGACAAAUGCCUAAUACAAUGCCACCAAAUGCUAUGAUGGCACAACAGGCCCAACAACAGCAGCAAAAACCAAUUCCUAUGGAGGUGCAACAAAUGCAACAACAGCAACAGGAUCAACAACAACAGCAGCAGCAGCAACAACAACAGCAGCAUUAUAAUCAAUAUGCCCAACAGAUGAAUAUGCAAGGUGGACCGAUGCAACAUCAACAGCAAAUGACUAUGUUACAGCAACAGCAAAUGCCAAUGGUGGGUCCAAAUGCGCAACAGAUGCAACAAAUGCCUCCACAUGCAGCCGCUGCUAUGCAACAACAACAGCAGCGUAUGGUGCGUCCGAUGAUAAGUAAUAAUCCUGGUUUACGGCAUUUACUGCAACAAACAACACCGGGUAAUCAGUUUCGUCCACAAAUGGGUGCUGGUGGUCCAGGUCCUGGUGGCCCUAUGGGAGGUCCACCAAAUCAAAUGGGUGGUGCAGGCGGGCCCAUGAACACGAAUCGACCAUUUGAUGAAAGUAAUUUUGAUUUUAUGUAAUUGCUUUUUCUCUUUACUUACAGUUUAAGUAUUUAUAAUACUAUGUCAAAGAAUAAAAUAUUCAAAUAUACCUAUAGGAUGGAGUUACUUCAUCUUCAAAUAUUA